CGUGCGCAGGACUCAAUGGGUGCCCGGACGCGGAAGCACUUGCCCUGCCGAGGCUCCCGCUUCGGAAGCGUGGGAGGCGGAAGAGACAGCAGGUUGUAGAUUUUGGUCUUGGCACCAACGGGUUCCUCCGGGCCAUUAGAACCCAGAAGAGGAAGAGGAGACACCGCGGCGGCGGCCGAGGGGCCGGAACCCUCUCCCGAACCCCAAGCUGUCCUAGAGGCGGAAGGGGGGCAGGGAGGGAAGCAGCACAGAUUCCAGGGCUGAGAAGUCACCGGGACCGGGUCCCUGAGCAUGGGGGACGAGACCAGGUCCCUGAGCAUGGGGAUCUGCUGCUACCGAGGCGUCCUGGCCGGGCCCUGCCCGACUCUUAGGUCCUUGGUGCUAGCGCUGCCCGGGCUGCCGCGGCGUGUGUGAGCCGGAGCCCGCUUGAGGUCCUCGGCCAGCGGGAAAAAUAGCAGCAUGAGUUCCGCCGCUGCCUAGUUUCCGCCCCCUCCUUUUCUUCCCCUCUCCCCUUCCCUACUCUUCGUCCUUCUUUCCUGCGCUUAGGACUCCUCUAGCCCCUGGUUACCCUUCCCUCUUUUUCCCCUUCCUUUCCCCACUCUGCCCUCCGCCUCUCAUACUCCCUGCCUUCCUGCUUGUCCAUUUCGCCUUUCGCCUCCCUUGCCUUUUCCCUCCCAUUCCUCUUCUUUUCUCCACCGUCGUCUUCAUUACGGCACCUUCCGCCACAACCUCUCCACCUUUCUCCCCUCCGGCAGCACCGUCCUGUCUUCCUCACCAGCAUCCUCGUUCCCGCCUCCUCUUCUACUUUCUCCGCCCCUAGCCCCCGCCCCCGAGCCUCCGCCCCUUAGCCCCCGCCCCCAGCUGCCAGUCCCUAGCAGCUCAGUCCUGCAGUGAGAGUCUUGGGAGUCCAUAGCUAAGCACCAGGAGCUGAGCUGUACCCGCUGUGCCUGCCUACACAUCUCCGACAUGGCUCAGGAGAAAAUGGAGCUGGACUUUGAGCCUGACACAUCUGAUGGGGGCACCCUGAGGAGAUCCAACAGUGCUCCCCUGAUCCAUGGGCUCAGUGACCUUUCACAGGUCUUUGAGCCUUAUACUUUUAGAGCUCGGAGGAAUAGUGCAACAAUUAUGAGCCAUCACAGCUCGCUUCAGAUCUUUGGAAGACAUCUGGAAUGGAAGCUAACAACCCGUCAAAGGCCUGAACUACACUUUCAUAGUCUGUGCACAAAGUUGCUGUCAUCCUCACCUAAUCGUAUUCCUAAUAGCAGACUGCAUCAAAUCAAAAGGGAGGAAGGCCUGGGUAUUAUGAACAGAGAAACUGCACACGAAAGGGAAGUACAAGCGGCAAUGCAGAUAAGCCAAUCGUGGGAUGAGAGCUUGAGCCUGAGUGAUAGUGAUUUUGACAAGCAAGAGAAAUUGUAUUCUCCGAAGAGAAUUGACUUCACUCCAGUCUCUCCAGCACCUUCACCUACCCGAGGAUUUGGAAAGCAAUGCUUUUCACCAUCCUUACAGAUGUUUGUGAGUAGCAGUGGGUUGCCACCAAGUCCUGUUCCUAGUCCAAGACGAUUCUCAUGCAGGAGGAGCCAGAGUCCAGUUAAGUGCAUCAGGCCCAGUGUUCUUGGUCCUCUGAAGAGAAAAGGUGAAAUGGAGACGGAGAGCCAGCCCAAGAGACUCUUCCAAGGCACUACCAAUAUGCUGUCUCCAGAUGCUGCAAAAUUGUCUGAUCUCAGUUCAUGUUCUGAUGUGUUGGAUGGCAGUAGUAGCAGCAGUGGCUUGUCCUCAGACUCACUGGCUACAGGCAGCGCUUCCGCAGAGUCUUCAGUAGCAUGCACCAAUUCAUGUUCUUCGUUCAUCUUGAUGGAUGAUCUCUCACCCAAGUGACUUAACUAUUUCUGAUUCCGUAUUUGAAACUGCUGUUUCCUACACAGAACACUGAGUGAGGAACGCAGGGAACUUUGAUCCAUAAUGUGGAUUAAAGUUUCAGAUUUCCACCAUUCUGGUGUUGUUAUGUUUUGGCAUCUCUAAAGUUCCAUUUUGCAAAUGUAGUGAUCUUACUAAUACCUGUUUUUUGCUGAUCUCAUUUUGGAUCUGGUAACUGAAUCUCAAAAGCUCAUGUUUGAUUGCUUAGAGAAUAUAUUUUCCUUAGUGCCUCAAAGAGCACCUAUUUUCAAGUCUAGACAUUUGAAGAAGGCACUGAUGUGUAUUUUCUGUAAUGGUUCUCUUCCCCAGCAGUGAUGUGACAGAGUUGAUCAGAAAUUCUCUUGCUUGAGAGAUUUUUUUUUGUUGUUCUCUGUUGACUACAUAGUUUUCAAUCACUUUGUUUCAAAGUAAUACACAAAUUGCUUUGAUUAUAUAAUUUUUUUUCCUACAUCAGCUUCAAGUACAUUAUUUUGUUUCCCUUUCCUGUUUGAGCUGCUUCCUUGCCAUUUCUCACAGAGGUAAAGAAACACAUAGUUGCUUUUCAUUCCUACCUUGAUUGCUUCCUUGUGUUGGAGUGUAUGAAGUGAAGACUGGCUUUUAGUGUUGAAAAUGUACAUAACUUACAGGACGCCUGUCUUAGUCAUCCCAGGUUCUUAUGACUUUGCUGCCCCCGUUGCUGUUUCUCCCUGCAAAUCUGUUGCACUAAGGAAUAUAUAAAAUAUUGUUGAUAUUUCUAGGUGGUGUUAUCAAGGAGAAGAAAUUCCUGCCUUGACCAGAUGUGUGGAGCAUCUACAAAUGAAUGAAUAAUGUUAUUUACACACAAACCACUGUGUACAAAAGUAUCCACGGAGCUGUCAGUGUCUCGGGUGGUAUUUUGAGGCCUCGGGUUCCUUGGGGUACCUGACUGUGCUGUCAGGGAUGUAUAUCCUGAGGUAGGGUGCAAAGGGGGCUUUAUGUGUGUGAUUGCCACAUACUGUUUCAGUCGCUGCUUUUUCCUGAUUCUUUUUUGUCAUUGGAUUUGUUUGUUUUGUCGUGUGGUGAUUGGUGUUUUGGUUAUUGUGUUGCCACCAGAUGGAAAGCCAGUUCUUGCUAUUACUGCAUUUUUAGUAAAGGCAGUUUAAUAUCUACAAAUAUGCUUUUAUGAUCUGAAAAAGUCAAUGUUGUUUUGUAUUCUGCUUUUAAGAAGCUGUUUGAACUAUAAACAGGAUACAUGCUAGUAAGUUUGAGGUGUACCAUAAAUUACUAACUUUUAAAAGAAAUUUCUGAUUGAACUGUUUAAAAAAGCUGAGUGUAGUCUAUUGUCAUUUGUUAUUUAUUAAACUGCGUAAAGUGUGUGUUGUAAUAGAAUUCUUAAUGUUCAGCCAUCAUAGUUGAAUUGUCUGUAUCUAACAUGUGCAUUUACCUGCUAGGAUCAUUAAUAUUCCAUUUUUAAAUGAAUGUAAGAAAAUGAAUACUACUGCAUUUGUAUCUUUGAAGGAAAAGGCCCUUGGGUUUUAAAGGAAGGUGAUGUGCUUUGAAGGCACUAGACUAGUAAGAGUACCUGGCUGGAAGAGAAAGCCAUUCUCUUUUGAUUAUUACAGAGCAUCGCUCAACUUGCAGUAGUUCUGUUACAGCAUCAGACAUGGUCUUUAUUUUCACUUGUAAUCACAGCCAUAGCAGCCGUUAAUGGCUUUAAAAUCCUCAUGUUGCUUUCACCUGUGCAAUACUUAUAAGCCCUCAAACCUAACAGAAACACAUCUAUUAUGAAUAUUGUCCCUUUGUAUGCCAUUUUAAAGAAAACUUUCCUCCACGAUAUUCAGUGUAUCUAUUCUGUUUGUCAGAGAACCAUGUUAAGAUGUGUCUGCCUCUAACGAUGAUAGAUGGUUUUGUCUUUCAGGAGAUUAUCCACCUUUACUCUGCUCUCUUCUUUGCCUUAAAGGGACAGCUUUGGGCUCUAAUGUGGGGCUAUUAAGAAAUCACCUUUGUGAUGUGAUGAAUUUAUACUUUUUAAAUUCAGUGGUGGGAGAGAACUGUGGAAGAGAUUGAAAUUGUUCCAAUGAUAUGAGAACUAGGUGGCAAGAUGAUUCACUUUAUUGUUUGAACCAAGGUCUAUUUUGAGUUUUUAUUACUUAAAUAGACUAGAAACCAAGUUUGUGCAGGGAUUGUUUUGAAAUAAGAGAAAUGCUGACCCACAGAUGAGCUUUAUUGAUAGUACCCCUUUAUUUUUAUAUGAAGUCUAAUAUUUGGAAAUUGAUCAUUGUUAUACUGUCAUAUUCUCUCUUCUAAUAUUAUAAAUUUCAGGCUUCUAUUUGAAAACAAGUAUAAGAGAUGAUACUAUUAAGAGAAUCCUAUCAAUACUGUUUUUGCUUGACCAACUUAUAUAAUCACUGUAUUUCAUGAUAACUGCUUUUGGAAUAAUACAAAGUUUUGUGAAAUGCUGGCCUUGUGUAUAUCUUAGAAUGCAAAUUUAAUAAAGUGUGUAAA